UUACUACCAAUCAACGGUCAAAAUCUUUGCCCAUCCUCCCAUCUCGAUCCAAUCUCCAUCGUCGACGCACUCAUGCAUCGACCUACACACCCUACCACUUCUUCCUCUCUCCAGUUCUCUUAGCAGCCUCCUUUCUCUUUGUGAAAUUGACGAAAUUUAGGAGAGCUGCAAUUCUUCAUCCAUAUAACAAUACAGUAAAUCAAGAUGUUUGGGAGGGCACCAAAGAAGAGUGACAACACUAAGUACUACGAGAUCCUCGGGGUGCCUAAAACGGCGUCUCCGGACGAUUUGAAGAAGGCGUACAAGAAAGCUGCGAUCAAGAAUCAUCCUGACAAGGGUGGAGAUCCUGAGAAGUUUAAGGAGCUUGCUCAUGCUUAUGAGGUCUUGAGUGAUCCGGAGAAACGUGAGAUUUAUGACCAGUAUGGUGAAGAUGCACUCAAGGAAGGAAUGGGUGGCGGUGGGGGAAUGCAUGAUCCAUUUGACAUCUUCUCUUCCUUCUUUGGUGGGGGUCCGUUUGGAGGUGGUGGUAGCAGUAGAGGACGAAGGCAGAGAAGGGGAGAGGAUGUUGUACAUCCAUUGAAGGCCUCUCUUGAAGAUCUGUAUGGUGGGACCAUUAAGAAGCUCUCUUUAUCACGAAAUGUUCUUUGCUCAAAGUGUAAUGGAAAGGGAUCAAAAUCUGGAGCUUCAAUGAAGUGCUCAGGUUGUCAAGGAACUGGUAUGAAAGUUACUAUUAGGCAGCUUGGUCCGGGUAUGAUCCAGCAAAUGCAGCAUGCUUGCAAUGAAUGCAAGGGAUCCGGAGAGACUAUUAAUGAUAGAGAUCGAUGCUCACUGUGCAAAGGUGAAAAAGUUGUUCAGGAAAAGAAAGUUUUGGAAGUUCACGUUGAGAAGGGUAUGCAGAACUCACAGAAGAUUACAUUCCCUGGAGAAGCUGAUGAAGCGCCUGACACUGUCACAGGAGACAUAGUUUUCAUCCUCCAGCAGAAAGAGCAUCCUAAAUUCAAGAGAAAGGGUGAUGACCUCUUUGUGGAGCACACACUUUCGCUCACAGAAGCAUUAUGUGGAUUUCAGUUCAUCUUGUCCCACUUGGAUGGCAGGCAACUACUUAUCAAAUCACAACCGGGAGAGGUUGUGAAGCCUGAUUCUUUCAAAGCCAUCAAUGAUGAAGGAAUGCCAAUGUACCAGAGGCCAUUCAUGAGAGGUAAACUUUACAUUCAUUUCACUGUGGACUUUCCGGAUUCUUUAAGUCCAGAUCAGGUGACGGCCCUGGUUGAAGUUCUGCCUCCAAAGCCUCUAUCUCAACUCACAGACAUGGAACUGGACGAAUGUGAGGAGACUACAUUGCACGAUGUUAACAUUGAGGAGGAGAUGCGUAGGAAGCAGACUCAGCACCAGGAGGCAUAUGAUGAGGAUGAUGAUAUGCAUGGCGGAGCCCAGAGGGUACAAUGUGCUCAGCAGUGAUGAGUCUGCUACAAAUAAUUAUGUUAGUAGGGUGUGUUUGAUGUCCGUUCUGUUACUUGAGGAAAUCCCCUAAUUUUAUAAACGAUGAGACAAGUGAUUCUAUUCCUAUGAAAUAUGAUUUAGUUUGGGUACUUCCGGUCUUGUACUUCGUGCCAUAUGGCUUUUUGCUUAAUAUGAUGAUUUAGUUUUUGUA